UCAAUUUCCCCGCCUCUUUGUCUUCUACCUCGACACCUCUCUCCGAGCCGAGUUUCGAAGUCCCUUUUUCUCUCGAUUUUUCCUGUGAAAUCCGCGUUAUUUUAUAGGGAUCUUCCCACGCAAAUCGUCUAAUCGGCAGUUUCUGGGAAUCCGAGUGCUUCCGACUUCAAGAAGCUAGUUGACUGUAAUCGAUUCUUCACUACAGCUCCCUUUUGUCCCAUUUUGGUUCCGAGUUAUUCACAAACUAGUCUGCCAGUAAAGAGGAAGCACACCGAGACAAAAUUCCAAGAGCAACAAGAAAAAUUGAAAAUAGUACAUGAGAAAUUCAAGGAUGAGAUGAGCUAUCAUCUUGAUGAUUUGAAAAACAGCAUUGAAGGGCUUGAGGCAAACCAGACAGAGUUGAAAGGAACUAUAAAGAGGCAAAAAGCAUCACACCAGAAACUCAUCAUGCAAUUGGAAGGAGAAGUUGAGACACGACUUGUCAACGAGAAGAGUCAAUGCUGUUAAUGAGGCAAAUUUGAAACUGAUGUUAGGGAAAACUUGUGUUUAACGCAUGACCCGCUUGAGAUACAAAAAAAAAGUCAUAAGAAAAACGCGUUUCUGAGUCCUCGUACCACAACUCUUUAGCUCCUCUGUUUUCUAUUUCUAUUUAUACGACACGUGACAUUACAUGGGUGUGCAGUCAGCAAGAGCAAAGAUGGUCCAGCUGAAGAAAAUUGUGGCAGAAUGCCUCAAAGAUGACAUGAUAUUUUGUUAGAGUGGCAUGGACAAAAACAUGGAGCAGACAGCAUCAUAUCCGACCAAUUUACUUAGCGUAACGAGAAGAAGAGAGAAGUGGAAAAGGCCAAAAAGAGUGUGAAGUUGAAAUCUCCUAUAAAGUCACCUAUUCCCUUUUAUCUGAUAACAAAGAAAGAAUAAAAAAAAAGAAGAAGAAGCAUUUUCAUUCCCUUCAAUGGAAGAAGAAGUUCACUUUGCACCAAAGAUGAUCUCCACCCCAUUAUCCAACUUCAAACCAAAGUUAGAGGAUCAUGACUACGUGGAGCUGGUGUGGGAGAAUGGUCAGAUUCUUACCAGAGGCGGCCGCAGAUCCAACGUGUUCAAUCGUCGUACGACAUCGCUACUGGAUUUGUACGAAGCUGAAUAUUACGAUGUUCUCAAGCAGAAUACUGCUUAUGUCUCCAACAUGAAUCUUGGAGAUCCCAAGUUGCCCAAAAACCAGAUUUCAGACGCCAAGUCUCCAUUUUCCGGCGGAGUUUUUCCUGAAGAAAGUGAUAAGCCGACGAAGGAGAAGAUCCAGUCAUCUACGCUCUUUAAACGUCAAGCUGUUGAAGUUGCUGAUGAUAAAGAAAACGCGGCAAUAGAAGUAGAACCAAAGACCGAACCGGGUUUGCCUGAUCAUGAAGCAGUUCUUGAGAACGAGAAAGACAGACAUGGUUCUAAAAAAGGAAAGGGUGUUGAACCCAUGAUGAUGGUCGAGGCUGGAAGUGGUGUAGGGGCCAUGGCCAAUGACAUGAUGAACCGGAAGAGCUUGAAAAAGGAAUCCCUCGAGUUUUCACCUCCUGAUGCUCAGUCUGUGGCCAUGGGAAGAUCUUUAGACACGGUAGGGAUUGAAAACGAAGAGACGGAGAGUAGUAACUUGCACGGGUGGUCAACUGAACUGUGUAGCGCUUCUUUGUCCGUUUACUCUCGUGGAACUAUGGAAGAUCAUAUCGCUUCAUCAGUGAAUAGAACAUAUUCAGAAUCUGAUGGAUUACUGACAUACUUUAGUAGCGAUUUGGACCAUGAGUCAGAUGAUGUGGAGGAAGAAGUUCCUGCAAGAACAAGAAAAACUGCAAAGAGAAAGCCAAGUGAAGAUUUUGAUGAGUUAUCUGAAAGGGAGACAAGACACGAGAUUAAAAAGAAAAUGCGUGACUUGCGGAACCUACUGCCUAACUGUAACAAGGACGACGACAAAGCAUCUUUGUUAGAUGAGGCUAUCAAGUAUAUGAGGACACUUCAAUUUCAAAUGCAGUUCGGCUUUAUGUCACUGGCAAACUCAUUUGCUCCACCAAACAUGAUGCUGCCUUUGGGCCAUUACUCUCCAACGGUGGGUCUAGGAAUUGGCACCCCACCUUUUGUGCCUCCACCAGUUCCCGGAGCUGCCUUUCUUCUCCAACCUGGAGUUAUGCCCACUUCAUAUUCCAAGUUCUUCGAUCCAAUAGAAUCCUCUCAGCAAUUCCAAAGGUUUGCUUCCAUGCCAAGUUCGGAUGAUUCAGAGGAAUCAAGUAACCAGGGAACAGUGGAUGGAGCUUCUGCACAGUUACAGAUGCCCGAGUUCUCUCAGGUCAAGAACGAAAAUCAAGAGAUGGCCAAGCAUGGGAAUGACGGAGCUCCUGUUUACAGUGGGAGAAGAGCUGUCUAGGAAAGAUGACCCUUAAGCAUUCUCCGUCUUUUAAGUUAUGCAUCUCAUCUUUCAAAACUUAGCUUGUAGCAAAUGAAGGAAUAGUAGAAAAAAGGAAGAAGAAGUCGGCAAAUAAUAAUGACUCAGGUGUGGAGGAUUCUGUAAAUACCCCAAUGUAAAGGACAAAUGGUUUGAUGAGAGAUGCCGAGUUUGUUUC